AGCUUCAUCAUCAUUUAUCGUUAUCAUCAGCAGCAGCAGCUCCACCAUCAUCUCAUCCAGCGCGCGCGCUCCGCAUUCGUGACGUCACAUGCCAGGCAGCACGUCGCUGAUGCUGCUGCUACAGCUGUUGUGUACCUAACACAGCAUAGCCAUCCAGCGUCGCUGAUGCUGCUGCUACAGAUGUUGUGUACCUAACACAGCAUAGCCACCCAGCGUCGCUGAUGCUGCUGCUACAGCUGCUGCUACAGCUACUGUGUACCUAACACAGCAUAGCCACCCAGCGUCGCUGAUGCUGCUGCUACAGCUGCUGCUACAGCUGAUGUGAUCCUAACACAGCAUAGCCACCCGGCGUCGCUGAUGCUGCUGCUACAGCUGCUGCCACAGCAGAUGCGACUACAGCUGCUGUAGCUCAUACUUGCUAUUGACGCCGGUGUUAUUUCCAGUGAUGUAGCUGCCGAUUUUCGCUGACGGAGCCGCUAUUGCGACUGCCGCUGUAAGCCGCUGCUGUUGCUGAUACAAUAGCUGCUGCUGCUGCUGCUGCCAUAGGCCAUGCUUCUGCUGUUGCAGCUGUAGGCUGUUGCAAUGGAGACAGCCGUGCAGUCUGCCUUGGACUUUUGCUACCACGGUGCUAGUGAUGGUGAUGAUGGUGGUGAUGGUGAUGAUGGUGGUGAUGGGGCUAUCAUACGUCAGCGCCUGCCCCUCCGACAUCACCGGCAGGAUGAGGUGGGCACGAGGUCAAAUCUCCUGGGGCACGAGGACGCGGAGUGCGACGGCUCCUUCCGGCGAUUCUCGCAAGGGGUGCGGACCCUGGAGCACGCCGCUUGGGAGAGCGAAGGUCGACCACUGGAGCCCCAGUUCAUGGACCCGGUAAUCCAACUCGUCCCGUGCCCCCAGCAGAGUGGAGAGACGGAGGAGAGACGCCCAUCUUCAGACGCGUCCUUGCCCAGAUCUCCUCCUCCUCCUCCGUCUCGCGAGCUCGCCGAGCACGACGGCGGCCCGGCCACCUUCUACGACUCGUCAUCAUCACCCCAGCACCACCACGGCCACCACGGCCACCUCCACCACCACCUCCACCACCUCCACCACCACCUCCACCACCACCACCACCACCCCCACCACCGUCAGCACCAGCACCUGCUGGACAGCUCCGCUCUGACCCUUAACCAAGAGGCCCCCAAUAUCCGACACGUCGUCGACACGGACGACGACGACGACGAGGAGGAGGAUGACGUUGAUGACGAUGUUGAUGAUGGCGUGGAGGAGGAUGCGGAUGUGGCUGUGGGGGCGGGGGUGCUCGCGGUGGGAGGGCUGCGGGGCCCGGGGCCCGGGGCGAGGGGUCCCGGCUCGGACAGCACGUCGGGCAUCGGCAGUGAGGAUCGUGAAAGCAGCUGCAGCAGUCCUAGGGGGUGCUGGAAGGGGGCCGCUGCAGCGGUGUGCGUGGGCGAGGAGCUGUUCGAGGCCUACGGGGACGACGCGAGUCUGGGGCCGCCGGGAGGAGGCGCCCUGCGCAGUGAGCCCCGUAGCGGGGAGCACACCUCCUCCCUGCCGGCCAGCCCCGUGACGUCGCCGCGACGUUGGCUGAGCCUGUUCCCCCACGCUGCGGGGCUGGCCGUCUACUGCAGCCGCUGCAGCAGGAGCCGUGACACGCUGCACCAGCUGGAGGCACGCUUGCACCACCUGCAACAGGCCAGCCCCAGCAAACGUGUCUCCAGCAGUACUGCAGUGGCGCGACAGCUGCUGAGCUGUAGCGUGGUGAGCAGUACCUCGGACAGCACCGAGGACCUCUACCUGGCAGACCCCAUCGACUUACCUGAGAUCGGAUUCGGAGAGAAGGUGAGCUUGCUGGAGAAGAAGGUGCUUGUGCUGGAGCUGGAGACGGUGGCUCACGGUGACCAGCAGACGCGGCUCAAGCAGCACAACCUGCAGCUGGUGCACAGGGUGCAUGCGUUGGAGGAGGCGGUGCGCGAAGGCGAGGAACGUUCGGAGGAGCGGCUGGAGCAGGAGGAGAGGCGCUGCCGCGAGCGGACGGUGCGGGCACACAGAGAGGCGGAGGUGGAGAUGGAUAGCGUGGCCAGCAGGCUGCUGGAGGCGGAGGAAGAGAACGAGGAGCUGAAGAUGAGUAUCCCUCGUCUCAGGUCGCAGAUCGAGAAGCUGGAGGAGGAGAAGACGCGGCUCCAGGAGAAGCUGCGCGAGCUGCUGACGAGGCUCCAGGAGGAGGGCCGCCUCAGCCAGCAGCUCGCGGCGCGCGUGAGGCGCGACCGGCGCGAGUUCCAGCGCGAGACGGAGGAGACGCAAGCGCUGGUGGAGGACCUGCGCCGCGAGCUGCUACACCAGCAGCAGCUGCGCCGCUCGGAGCGCGGGGGGCCCGGGGGCUGGGGGGCCGGCGGGGGGAGCGGGGGGGCGGGGCGCACGCCGCGUGAGGGCGAGCUGGAGGGGGAGGUGCGGAGGCUGAGACAGGAGAACGGCAAGCUGAAGGAGUCGAACGAGGAGCUGAACGGGCAGCUCGUGGGGCUGGGCCUGCAUGAGGCCAAGGGCCUCCUGUCGGCCGCCGCCAAGUCUCAGUCCCUGGCCGCCGAGAUCGACUCAGCCUCACGGGGCCAGCUGAUGGACGCUCUGAAGGAGCUGGAAGGGAUCAACUUCCACCUUCGUCAGUACAUGGACAAGAUCAUCCUCGCCAUCAUCGAUCACAGCCCGUCCAUCCUGGAGAUCCGGCGAUGAGCUCACCGCUCAGCGCUCACCACUCACCGCUCACCACUCACCACUCACCGCUCACCACUCACUCACAACCCGUUCGUCAUGGAGAUCCGGCGAUCAGCUCACCGCUCACCACUCACCGCUCUCCGCUCACCACUCACUCAGAGCCCGUUCGUCAUGGAGAUCUGGCGAUGAGCUCACCGCUCCUCAUCACUCACUACUAUCCACUUACUGUUCACGACUCACCACUCAAAUCGCUCACCACUGAAACUCACUCAAAGCCCGUUCAUUAUGGAGAUCCGGCGAUUAAACUCCCCACUCACUCACUACUCACCACACACUCACCACUCACCACACACUCACCACUCACUCACCACUCACCACACACCACACACUCACCACUCACCACACACUCACCACUCACCACACACUCACCACACACUCACCACACACACAUACACAGCCAGCCCAUCCAUCAUGAAGAUCCGGCGACGAGCUCACCGCUCACUACUCACCGCUCACUACUCACCGCUCACUACUCACCGCUCACUACUCACCAAUCACUACUCACCAAUCACACUCACCACUCACUACUCACCAAUCACACUCACCACUCACUAC